AUCACCUGCUCUAUGAUAAGAGUUUAGUAAAUGCAGCUUGUGCCAUUAUAGAAGUUAGGUUAGGUUAUUAUGUGGAGUAUUUAACAUGAUCUCCUUUUAAUGUACAUUUCCUUUAAGUGUGAAACAUACAAUGUGUUUGACAACCAAGUGCGAUGGGCCUUUUUAUUGAGUGUGGUAUCGUCGAAAUAUUUUACUUGUUUCUCCUCAGUUUUUGGUUGAUUUACUUGUAUUUUGUUAAAUUUUAUGGGUACUGGGAAGAAAGAAACGUGCCACAAGUUCCACCAGUGUUUCCAUUGGGUUCUGCGGUCGAAGGAUUCCUAGGGAAGGUGUCCUGGGAGAUAGCUCUAGACAAGAUUUAUUGCGAUUUCAAAGAUGAGCGCUAUGUUGGACUGUUCCUGCUGAGGAAUCCAUGGUUGAUGGUUAGAGAUCCUGAACUGAUCAAACUAAUCUUACAAAAAGAUUUCUCCAGUUUCACAGAUCGUUCCUCCAAGCAAGCACAUGCAGACGACUACAUGUUCCAUAACAUAUUCAAUUUGAAUGGACAAGCCUGGAAAGAAAGAAGAUUGAAAUUGAUGCCAGCUUAUACAGCUGCCAAAAUGAGUAUGAUGUUCUUUUUAGUAAAGAAAUGCAGUGAUAUUUUACGUAACUUCAUUGAAGAAAAUACGGCACCGAAUAAUGUCAUAGAUGUCAAGGAAAUUCUAUCCCGCUACACAACAAGUGUUAUUGGAAACUGUGCAUUCGGAGUAGAAAUAGAUGCUCUUUAUAAUAAGGAUUCUCAAUUAUAUAAAAUGGGAAGAAUGGCUAUGAACUUUGACUUUAAAGUACUAUUUAAAAUGUAUGUGUCCUACAUAUUUCCAAUAUUUUCUAUAUUGCAUUGUUUUGACCUGUAUGACCCAAAGAUAAAAAAUUUUGUAAUCAAUUUGGUACAAUCCACUUUAAAACAAAGGGAGCAAUCCGAUGUUAACAGAUGUGACUUUCUGGAUAUCUUGACAAAACUUGAGAAGAACCAACGCCUUCUUAGAAAUGGAUACUCAACCUAUAAAGAAGAUUUAACCACUGACAAUAAAAAUAAAGGAUUAACUAUUGAGCAAAUUACAUCAGAGACAUUUAUGUUCUUUACGGCUGGCUUAGAGAUUACAUCAAACACGAUGUUAUUCUGCCUGUAUGAGUUGGCCUGCAACAAGAAGAUACAGGAAAGGCUUCACCAAGAGGUUCUUAUUGUUCUGAGCAAACAUGAUAACAUCAUCUCUUACCAGGCCUUGCAGGACAUGACAUACUUGGAUCAGGUUAUUAAUGAGACUAUGAGGCGGUACCCCCCUUUCCCUUUCCUGACAAGAGUUUGUACCAAGAAGUAUAAACUUCCAGAUUCAACUCUUGAGAUUGAUGAAGGUCUGUCAUUACUUAUUCCAAUAUAUUCAAUUCACCAUGACCCAAACUAUUUUCCUGAUCCAUUCAAAUUUGAUCCUGAGAGAUUUGACGCACAGCAUUCCACAAACAGACACUCCUUCGUUUACUUGCCUUUCGGAGAAGGGCCCAGAAUGUGUAUUGGUAUUCAUUUUGGCCUGAUGAAGGUCAAGACUGCUGUCGCCACUCUUGUGCUCGACUACGAGAUCAGUCCUACUCCUGACACAGAAAUGCCUCUACAGUUGAAGGCUAAUGCUUGUGUAACACAGCCAGCGAAAACUCUCCAUCUGGCCUUUACCAAAAGAAAUGCCUAGUUUGAGGAAUGGAGGAGAUGGUGACUUAACUGUGAUAUUAACUGGAUGGACUCAAAGACCAACUAGACUAAACCAAAAUAACAAUAUGUUGACAGAAUCAGUGAUGAUUCAUAAUUUUGUAAUAUAUAUUGUUAUAUAUUAUUAUAUAAAAUGUGUGAUAAAACUGCACGAUCUAGAGCACACGGGACUUAUUAAUAAAUGUACUGUAAAUAAUAAUUUAUACAAAUUAAUGUUUGUCUGUAUGUCCUUUAAAGACUCAGAAACUAUUUGACCGAUCACUAUGCAAAUUUGUA